CCCAGGCGUCGCUGCAGAGCCAGUCGGGCUGGGUGCCUCUCCUGCUGGCCCUGCUACACGAGUACACGGCCAGCAACUCCCGCUGGCAGCCUUACUUCUCCCUCUGGCAGGGCCUCAGGAGCCUGGAUCAUCCCAUGUUCUGGCCUGAAGAAGAACGAACGAGGCUCCUGCAGGGCACCGGCAUCCCGGAAGCCGUGGAGAAGGACCUGGCUAACAUCCACCUGGAGUACAGCUCCAUCAUCCUGCCCUUCAUGGAGUCCCACCCCAACAUCUUUGACCCCAAAUUGCACACGCUGGAGUUGUACAAGCAGCUGGUGGCAUUUGUCAUGGCCUACAGCUUUCAGGAGCCGUUGGAGGAAGAAGAGGAAGAUGAGAAGGGCCCCAAUCCUCCGAUGAUGGUGCCCGUAGCAGAUAUUCUGAAUCACGUGGCCAACCACAACGCCAACCUGGAAUACUCUCCCCAAUGUCUGCGAAUGGUUACGACGCGGCCCGUCGGGAAGGGACAAGAGAUCUUCAACACCUACGGGCAGAUGGCCAACUGGCAGCUCCUGCACAUGUACGGCUUCGCGGAGCCGUACCCCGGCAACACCGUGCUGUGCAUGUCAGAAGGAGAAUUCAGGGAGUACAAGGAACAAGACGACUGGGAAGAUGACAGCGAGGAAGAGGGAAACUCCCCCCUUUCAAACGAGGCUCUCUCCAGACUUAAAAGCCCGUGCAAGCAGCUCCUUCGUGACAGCGUGCUGCUGACCCUGGAGUCCUACGGGUCGGACCUGAAAGCUGAGCAGGACUUGCUGGAUAACAAGGAGGCGUAUGAGAAGCUGAGUUGGAGGGAGCAGCAAGCUUUGCACGUGCGCUACGGCCAGAAGAAGAUCUUGCACCACCUGCUCGAGCUGGUAGGCUAG